GCCAAUCAGUGUKUUUUUUUUUUGUAAAAGAUUGUUGAUAAAUUAGCUGGUGCUGAUUAAAAUUAAACUAAGGGUACAAGUAAUGAAAGUGGGCGUUUUACGAUGKCGUCCAAUCGUGAUAUAUUCUCGAAACAUUUGCCAAACGUGAAAUUGGCCACACGUAUCGAUGCCGAAGGACGCGAAGUUCAAGUGGAGAGACGUGAAGAUGUAGACGCUACAGUAAAGGAGCUCGAAACAUUUGAUAUGCUGGUUGCGGCUGGCUAUUAUCGGGCACGUAUCAAAGGUUUAUCGCCAUUUGAUAAAGUUGUCGGUGGUAUGACCUGGUGCAUCGAAUGCUGUGAUUACGAUGUUGACGUGGAUUUAUUGUUCCACGAAAACUUAACCAUAGGCCAAAAAAUCGCACUCGUUGAAAAAAUUGUGUCUGUCUUGCCACAAAUGAAGUGCCCUUUUCAGAUAGAACCACAUCAAAUACAAGGACUCGAAUUUCUUAGCAUACAUCCAGUUAUACAAUGGCUGGUUAAAAAAUCAGUUGAAAACCGAGCUGAACGUGCACAGCGACUGAAAAAGUUUGCCAUAGGGCAAUUCCACAAUCACUACCAAUAUAAAACGGAUAAAGAGCAGCUAGCGAAGAUACGAAAUGCUUCAGCGCAUAUUAAACGCAUUCAAGAACUCUAUAAUCCUGUACGGGCAUAUCAACGCAAGGAUGCGGGAAAUGAAGAUGAGAAAACGCGUGUGCGCAUGACUUUGCUAGAGUACGGUUGUGCGGCUGCGCCGAGUGCGACUAAUGAAACCCGUUCUGGUGCGAACGAUGAGCUUGAUGUGCACAAAUUGUUUAAAAAUCUUUCCUUAACAAAAGAGAAUAUCACAUGCUCGCCAACACAUCGCCUGGAUGCCAGCGAACGCAGCGCCAUGCAUAGGCACUACACUGAACUACAACAGGAAAUGGAAACGGAUGCCAAACAAUUAUCGGAACACAGUCAAAUUAAAAUGCUUGAAGCUUCGAAGGUCGCAUUAGAACGUAAUGUUCAAAGUAAUCUCGAAGAGAAUAAAGAAAUAGAGGCGGAAUUAGAAAAGCAAAAGCAACAACUGCAACAAUACGUCGAACAAAAGCAGGAAUUGCAAGCUGAAAUCGAACAGUACAAAGCAAUUGAAGCGAAAGCGGAUCCAGAGYUUGUUACUAAAGUGCACGAUAUGCUGAAGAAACAUGACAAACUAAAAAAGGAGGAGGCGGAAUUCAAAGAAUUCUGUCGGCAAGAUUUGGCCAAUUUGCAAAAGGAGAUUGACGAACUGGAAGCUUUCAAUGCACAAACACCGGAGGAACAAGAAGCUGCCAUCUCAAAAGAGAAAGCACAAAUACAGGAAUUGAAGCUGCAGAUAGCCAAAAAGAAUCGWAGCAUUGUGGUCAUGCAGAGACGUUUAGAUGCCAUACCCGAUCGCACGGAACUAACACAGUACCAGCGACGGUUUCAUGAGCUACACAAUGAAAUGAGUGCCAAACACAUAGAGACGAAGCAAUACUACACGCUCUUCAACACGCUGAACGACAAGAAACGUUAUCUCGAAAAGGAACUCUCACUACUCAAUUCCAUAUGCGAAGCAUACAACGAGGGCAUGACCAGCGUGCAGGGCCGUGAAGAGUUCAUCAAACARUUCGAAACSAUUGUGACCGGUGUGAAACAAACCGAACAAAAGGUGCGUCAGAAGUACAACGAGGAAUGUGCGCGGCGCGAUGCGCUCAACGCGGAGCUACAAAGCCUACUCGAGCUGCAGCGWCAGUAUGCGGUCGCUGUGAAACAGCUGACCAAGGAGUGCCAACGUUGCGAGCAAUUGCAGCAGCAUUUAAAGUCAAUUCGGCAAAAGUAGUUUAGUAUUUAGUGGUAUACAUAUAUUUAUAGUAGUAUGUACAGUACAAUACAGUACAGUACAGUACAGUACAGUUAGCAAUUUAUAGCUGGAGGAAGAGAGAUUUAGAGCGAAAGGCGUUUUUAUGAGCAAAGACAAGAAAAUAUAUUAAAUUGCUUUCGAAGA